AUGCCUGGUGGAGUUUACACCAAAGGAAAUAAAGUCAAAACAGCCUUCUUCACACAUUUCCUCGCCUUCGCCAUCUCUUUAGGUGCUUGCGUCCUGUAUUUCCUCAUCUACCUUCGAAAUGUCCCUCUUGACUACUCAGCAGCUACACAACCCAAAAUCGCACUACGAAAUCGGUUUUGGUUGGUCGAACUCUGGGUAGCGCAGCCGAAUGGAACGGAUACGACUACUCUGACACAUUGGGGAUUUGGUGUUUGGGGUUGGUGUGGUACGACGGAAACGAAUAGAGUAGGAGAGGAGAAAUGUGUUCUUCAUGGUGGUUGGACUCUACCGGCGGAUGCGGAUAAGAAUGGAGUUACGAAUCUGGGAUUAGCUUCAGCAAUCACGAAAAGUUUGGGACCAGCUUCCAUCUUGCUCAUCAUCAACGUGGUUAUUCGGUUGGUGUGCACCAUAUGGAUCCUUGUGACCUAUAUGCUCCCCGGGAAAAUCAACCCUAAAGCGUUUGAGGCCCUUCCAAAAACACCCAAGGGUAAAAAGCUCUCGCUCCGAACACGCAUGGGGUUUUGGCUCAUGGGUCCGAGACCAUUCGUACCCUUGUUCUUGAACACAGUCUUCGCCGUCACGGUCCUCAUAAUCGCCGGGGUGGGGACGCAACAAACUGUUACUGGCCAAGAUUCGACAAUCGCAUUAGGAAUGGGGACAAAAUUAUACUGCCAAGCUUUGACUCCAUACUCCAUUUUUCACUCAUUCAGACAAAGGAUGAUGUGA